GGUCUAUCGAAAACAGCAUUGCUUAGGGUCUGGCCACACUGACCCAAGCAUAAAUAAACAUGUCGCUGAUAAAAAACCUAAUAAAGGAGCCCGAGGUCAAGCCGAGAAAAAAGAAGAAGGAUGCAGGAUCUGGCGACAGCGACUCUGAUGAAAAGGACAAAGCCCCCAGAUCCUUUGUCAAAACCGCCACGGACCUGCAACGGCUAAAGCUGGAAAAGCUGAUGAAGAAUCCUGAUAAGCCCGUGGUGAUCCCUGAGCAGAGGAAGGAGCGGGACUACAUGUCCUCUGUGCCCACCUUUGUAAGGAACGUGAUGGGCAGCAGUGCGGGUGCCGGAUCUGGCGAGUUCCACGUCUACCGCCACCUCCGGCGCAAGGAGUACGCCCGCCAAAAGAACAUACAGAACCAGAGUGCUCGGGAAGCAGCGGACGAUGCCUACCAACAAAAGCUGGAGGACAACCGCCGGGCGGCCGAGGAAAAGACUGCGAAGAAAAGGGCCAAGCGGCAGAAGAAGAAACUGCGCGCAAAGAAGCCACGGGAAGCAAAGAAACCGGAAGCCAAGGACGUAUCCGAGUCAAGUGGAAGUGCUUCUGAAGGGGAGGAAGCUGCAAACGAAAAGGAGGAAGUGCCUUUGAAGCCGGAGGCUCAGGAGACAAACCCACCAGACGAAGCAAGUUCAAGAGAAGAGGUCGAUGAGAAGACCCCAGAAACGAAAGCUGAAGAACCUGCCAAUGAAAGCUAAGAAGAAAGUCUACCUUCCCACGCUCUCCAGAAAUACACCGAAUAGUUAUUAAUAAAA